AUGGCGGCGGGGGCGGCCCGGGGGGGCGGGGGGGGGGGCCCGGGGGUCUCGGGGGAGGUGGAGGUAGUGAAGGGGCAGCCGUUCGACGUGGGCCCACGCUACACGGAGCUGCAUUACAUCGGCGAGGGCGCGUACGGCAUGGUCAGCUCAGCUUACGACCACGUGCGCAAGAUUCGCGUGGCCAUCAAGAAAAUCAGCCCCUUCGAGCAUCAGACCUACUGCCAGCGCACACUGCGAGAGAUCCAGAUCUUACUGCGCUUCCGCCACGAGAACGUCAUUGGCAUUCGGGAUAUUCUGCGGGCGCCCACCCUGGAAGCCAUGAGGGAUGUCUACAUUGUGCAGGACCUGAUGGAGACUGACCUCUACAAACUGCUCAAAAGCCAGCAGCUGAGCAACGACCAUAUCUGCUACUUCCUCUACCAGAUCCUGCGGGGCCUUAAGUAUAUCCACUCGGCCAACGUGCUCCACCGGGAUUUAAAGCCCUCUAACCUGCUCAUCAACACCACCUGCGACCUUAAGAUCUGCGAUUUUGGACUGGCCCGGAUUGCCGAUCCCGAGCACGACCACACUGGCUUCCUGACAGAGUAUGUGGCCACACGCUGGUACCGGGCUCCAGAAAUCAUGCUUAACUCUAAGGGCUACACCAAGUCCAUCGACAUCUGGUCUGUGGGCUGCAUUCUGGCUGAGAUGCUCUCCAACCGGCCCAUCUUCCCUGGCAAGCACUACCUGGACCAGCUCAACCACAUUCUGGGUAUCCUGGGCUCCCCAUCCCAGGAGGACUUGAACUGUAUCAUCAACAUGAAGGCCCGGAACUAUCUGCAGUCUCUGCCCUCCAAGACCAAGGUGGCCUGGGCCAAGCUUUUCCCCAAGUCAGACUCCAAAGCCCUUGACCUGCUAGACCGGAUGCUGACCUUCAACCCCAACAAACGAAUCACAGUGGAAGAAGCCCUGGCUCACCCCUACUUGGAGCAGUACUACGACCCAAGUGAUGAGCCAGUGGCCGAGGAGCCUUUCACCUUCGACAUGGAGCUGGAUGACCUACCCAAGGAGCGGCUGAAGGAGCUCAUCUUCCAGGAGACAGCCCGCUUCCAGCCUGGGGCGCUGGAGGCCCCCUAAUCUGGACAGACACUUCUGUUCCUGGGGGCCUGGCCUUGCCUGCCCCUCUCCUGCCGGACUGUUAGGAAACGGACCCCGUGCCCCACCCCGACCCCCC